GCGAGUCCAGUGCUCCGGGGGCAACGGCCGCGGCCUGUGGAGGCGGCAGGGACGGUGGCCGCGUUUGGCGCGGCGCAUCCGCACGGGGCUGGGCGCCGCGCGGCUACGCAGCUGACAGGAAGCCGCCUGGGAGAGCCGCGUCGGGGCCUAACGUUAUUUGCUUUUGCCUUUUUUCCCCCCUCCCUUCACGAUUGCCGUCUCGCGCUCCUCCUCAGCGGGAGCCGCUGCGACGCCCCCUCGCGGGCCGCGGCCCGCGGGCCUGAUAGGCGCCGCCCGCGGGAACCUGGAGCCGCCCGCCGGGCCUGGGCUGCCACCGGGGCCUGAAGCCUGGGCGUUCGGCGCGGCGCUGCGGCGGCGGCCGCUCCAACCCGCGCUGGGCGCGCCGGGCCCCGGGCCUGGCCCAGCCGAGCACCGCGGCACUCUCCGGACCGCGGCCACUCAGUCCGGCCCCAACCGCCCUCCGCUGGCCCGCAGCCUCUCGGAGCUGCCUCCGGAGUCACCCCCGGUGGCCUCUUGCCUUCCUCCAGCGGUCCACGGCUCGAUGGGUGGGGUGCUUUUGAACGUCCCCCCUUCUCCCUUUCUCAGCUCUUGACCGCAAGGCCAGAGCCGGCGCCCUCAGCCGCCCGCACGCCGCGAUCCACCUGCCUCCCCUCGGGGAUGGCCCGCCGGUGACUGCCACCGCCGCGCGCCCUCGCUGCCCUCGCCCAGGUUGCGCUCGGUCGCCCCGCACCCGACCCCUCUCCCCUUGUCCGCGGCGUCCCGGCUCCCGGCGACGCCACGAGGGCGAAGAUGUGGCUGAAGCUGUUUUUCUUGCUCCUGUAUUUCCUGGUCCUGUUCGUCCUGGCCAGGUUUUUUGAGGCCAUUGUGUGGUACGAGACUGGCAUCUUUGCUACUCAGCUGGUGGAUCCGGUGGCAUUGAGCUUCAAGAAGCUGAAGACCAUUCUGGAGUGUCGAGGGCUGGGCUACUCCGGGCUGCCUGAGAAGAAAGAUGUUCGGGAGCUGGUGGAGAAGUCAGGUGACUUGAUGGAAGGUGAACUCUAUUCUGCUCUUAAGGAAGAAGAGGCAUCUGAGUCUGUCUCUAGCACCAAUUUCAGUGGUGAAAUGCAUUUCUAUGAGCUUGUGGAGGACACCAAAGAUGGCAUCUGGCUGGUUCAGGUUAAUGAAUGGUCACUGAAGAUCAGAAAGGAAAUGAGAGUUGUUGACAGGCAAAUAAGAGAUAUCCAAAGAGAAGAAGAGAAAGUAAAACGAUCUGUGAAAGAUGCAGCCAAGAAGGGCCAAAAGGAAGUCUGUGUGGUUCUGGCCAAGGAGAUGAUCAGGUCAAGGAAAGCUGUGAGCAAGCUCUAUGCGUCCAAAGCACACAUGAACUCUGUGCUCAUGGGCAUGAAGAACCAACUUGCGGUCCUGAGAGUAGCUGGUUCUCUGCAGAAGAGCACAGAAGUGAUGAAGGCAAUGCAGAGUCUUGUGAAGAUCCCAGAAAUCCAGGCCACCAUGCGGGAGCUGUCCAAAGAGAUGAUGAAGGCUGGAAUCAUAGAGGAGAUGUUAGAGGAUACAUUUGAAAGCAUGGAUGAUCAAGAAGAAAUGGAAGAAGCAGCAGAAAUGGAGAUUGACAGAAUCCUCUUUGAAAUCACAGCAGGAGCCUUGGGCAAAGCACCCAGUAAAGUAACCGACGCGCUUCCUGAGCCUGAACCUGCAGGAGCGAUGGCUGCCUCGGAAGAGGGAGAAGAGGAAGAAGAUGAAGAGGACCUGGAGGCUAUGCAGUCACGGCUGGCCACACUCAGAAGCUAGGGUCACCCAGUUGGGGUCUCAGCUCUCUGGUGUCCUCCUCUAGGUGUGUAUAUGGCCUCUGAGGAGUCACCAUUUCCUAUUUCUCUUGCACUACACCUCUGUUGUGAAGCGUUACAUUUGGAGAGGGUUCUAUGCUGGUAUAUCUUCACUGUCUGCAGAGGACUUAAGGAUUGUUUUUAUGAAGCUGGUGUAAUCAAAUGUGUUAUUUUCAGGAGCAUAAAUAGCAGAAGUUUCUUCCUUGGGGGAGGGCAAAGAAACCCAUUUUCUCAUAAAGCAAUUUUGAGAAGAGUAGAUUGAAUGUUGAGGACUCUAUAUUUGGUGUGUAUGUGUAAAAUACUAUAUUAAUGGAUAUCAAUAAACUUCUGCUUUAGCUCUUGGUCUCAUUGUAAAUGUCACAUGCAAUGAACUCAAGGUAUUGAUCUCCCAGAUUGUCUCAGUGUUUGCCUUGGAAAGAGGAAGUGCCAUCUUCAGGCAUCAGGACAUGGGAGCUCAGCAGAAGUGCCUUCUGCUCAGGAGCCUCUGGUCCUGGUCUCACAGACUGGUUGUGGGGGUCACUCUUGUGCAUUCUAUCAUUUGUUUAGCCUUUGGGUUAAUAUGCUACAUUGGCUGAAUGACCAUAUCAUACACUGGUGUGUACAUGGGAAUCUUUGUAGCUGUUAGUCGUUUCUUCCCCACUGCAAAUGACAUGCAGAACAGUAAGCUCUGGGAUCAGGACUCUUACAUUCCAUCCCUGCUUGGAGCUAAGUGUCUUGUACACAGGGACAUAGCCUUAACCCUGAACACUAAGAGCUAACCAGUAAGAUGUUUGGAUUGUGCAUUGAAACAUACAUACCAGGACAUGCUUUAGAUGCAUUAAGAAAUAACCCAACAAUAGCACUGUGGGUAACAGUUUGAAAAGCUUUCUGGUAUGCAUGGUCUCGGGUAGUCUUCACAAAUGAGAAGAGUUGUUAUCUGAAGUCACAAACCCUAAAGUACAACAGCCAGUGUCCACCAGUAUUGUACAGAAUGGCUUCAUUACCCAAAAACAACCCCAUGUGCUGUUCAUUGCUUCCUCUCUAAUCCCUUGGCAUCCCCUGAGCUGGUUACUGUCUCUGUGGGUUUUCCUUUUCCAGCCUUUCAGUGUGUCUUCCCUCAUGUGCUGAUAGGCAGUUAAGCUCCUCCGUGGAUUCAUGACUUGACUGUUCAGCUUUUCUCAUUGAGCAGCAUUCCAUUUUCUAGCCAUACUACAAUUUGUCUCGAAGGCCAUCUGGACUUCUUCUGAGUUUGGGAGUUUGAAGCAAUGUCUGCAGCAGUUUUCCCUGUAUGUUUUUAAUUCCUCUGGAUACCAGAGAGCUCAACCAUGGGGCAGUGUGGUCGGCACAGAUCUGUGCUGUAAGAGGUAAACCAGCUGUGCAGAGCACAUACUGUCCACCUCCCAGGAGGAAGAGUUCUGCCUGCCAUUCUGUGUCCUUGGCAGAAUUUGUCAUGAGGGAUUUCUGUUGAAGUACACUGGGCGUUUGUUUUUAUACUUGCCUUCUCUGUAUCUUGUUUGAAAAUGUUGAAAUAGUGGCCUUGAACUCAUGACCUGUCUGCUCUACCAACACACUGAGCUUGCCACCUGUAUUUCUCCAUUGUUGGUGUUUGUUCAUUUUAUAAACUGGAUUGUUUGUUUUCUGAUUAUUCAAUUUUAAGGACCUCUUACAUAUUUUGGACCAAUCAUCUAUCAGAUUUUAUCCUUUUCUCUGUUCUGUUCUCUUAUUGUUGACAGUUUUUCAAAACUGAAGUUUUUAGGUUUUUUUUACUUUUAAUAAAGCCCUGCUUCUCGA